CUGUCAGGAUUUACGUUGGUUCCGGGAGACGCGUUGGCAAUUUCCUAAACAGAGCUCAGUUACCUCAUUGGGAAACGUCAGUAUCACCCGAGGCCCGGCAAAGAGGAGCUCUGCUUAUCGUUGGGUGUUUUACCGGCUGGAAAUCGACUCGCUGCUACGGAAGACAACAGUAGACCGACUUGACAUGAGCAGGUUGCCCUGACAUGGACACAGAGAUGAUUCCCAAAUUUUCGUCAAAGGAUGAGGAGGUUGAUUACUGGAAGUCCCAAGCCCUCAAAUAUAAGAAAAGUUGCCAUGAAGCCCAAGAGGAGUUGCAGGAGUUCCAGGAGGGGAGCAGAGAACUGGAAGCUGAGUUGGAGGCACAACUUGGUCAAGCUGAACAACGUCUUCGAGACCUACAGAGUGAAAACGAGAGGCUAAAGAAUGAGGUUUCCAACCUCAAGGAAAAGCUGGAGCAGCAAUAUGCCCAGAGUUAUAAACAGAUCUCUUUGCUAGAGGACGACCUGGGACAGACUCGCAGCAUCAAGGAUCAACUCCAUAAAUAUGUCCGAGAGCUUGAACAGGCCAACGAUGACCUCGAGAGAGCAAAAAGGGCUACAAUAGUGUCUCUUGAAGACUUUGAGACCCGUUUGAACCAGGCAAUUGAAAGGAAUGCCUUUCUGGAGAGUGAGCUGGAUGAGAAAGAGUCUCUCCUUGUAUCUGUGCAGCGGUUGAAAGAUGAAGCACGAGACCUGAGGCAGGAGCUGGCAGUGCGCGAAAGGACCACAGACAGGAUGUCAGCACCCAGCUCACCCACUUUAGACAUAGACAAGAUUGAUUCAGCUGUACAAGCCUCUUUAUCCCUCCCAGCAACACCUGUAGGAAAGAAUAUAGAGCACUCUUUUAUCAGCCCCAAAGCACUGACCAACGGCUGCGGUAACUCGUCUCUGACUCCCUCUGCAAGAAUCUCAGCUCUUAACAUUGUUGGCGACCUUCUGAGAAAAGUCGGGGCUUUGGAGUCGAAACUUGCUGCCUGUAGGAACUUUGCCAAAGACCAGGCAGCAAGAAAAAACUACUCCACAGACAAAAGCAUGCUUCUCAACAGCAAUGCCACCAAUUUCUCUCACUCUCUACAUACUACCUACUUCGACAAAACCACUGUUAAUGGAUUGGACCCCAGCACCUUGACUUCCAUGACACCAUCCAGAGCCCUGUCUCCACCGGGCAUGCUGCCUUUGAGUGUGUGAUUGAGGAGCUCCUCAAGCCAGAGAAAGCUCUAAAGAAACUCUUAUCUCCUCAACACAGUCUGGGAACACAGAGGGUGUGUGUGUGUGUGUGAGUGUGUGAGUGAGUGAGAGAGAAUGAAAACAGAGCUGGAGUGAUGUGUGAAUUUUUUAGCUCAGUGUGUGCAAGAGAGGCUUGUGUCUGUUUUGCAGCUCUAAGUGCAUCUGUGAGUAGGUGCAGUCAUUUGCACCAGUCAGCCAAAAAAGCAUUGAAAGCACUUUCCUAUAUUGUGUAUAUACCCAUCGGGGCAUGGACCUGGUGGGCUUCUGGAGCGGCUGUGGUGUCUGGGGAGCACGGGAAGCAGAUGUUUCUGGUGCCUCCCACACAGAUGUUCAGUAAGUUUGGGAGCUGGGGACUCUGGAGAUCAAUGCCUUAUACUCUUUCUCAGGCAGUUUAGGAGCUGUUUUGGAGUGUGGCUGGGUGUGUUCUCCUCCAGCAGGAAGGGCACUACCAUCAGGGAGUGAUAUACCAUGAGGUUAAGCUUAGUACCUGGGGCUUUGCAGCAGAACAGUGCUUCGUAACCAGGUGAUCAUCAUUUUUCACAUCAGCUUUUAGUGGUUUUAAUGUUGUGGCUGACUGGUGUGUGUUCCUACCACAUUCUCUUCUUGCUUGUGCCUAAAGCUGUACUGCACUGUGCUUGAAUGAAUGUCACUGCAAUGUUUUGACCUUAAGAUGUCAACUUUGAACUGGCACGAUUACCUAGGUGAUUCCACAGUUCAUAUGAAGACUCAUCCUUGACAACUGGUCUAUGAGAGACCACAGCUUCCUUUGAACUUUCCAUCCUUUUCUGUUUCAUUGCAUUGCACAGUUAAACUAAUUUCUGUUUAGAUUGUUCUAUAUUUAAAAAGGGAUAUGUUCACAUUAACUAAUUUAUCUCACAGUAUACUUUAAAGUGAAAUUUUCCUGUGUGAUUUUCUUUUCUUUUUUUCUUGCAUGUGUUUAAAUCGAAGAAUGACCGAAAUGAAUGUUGACUGUUUAAAGCCAUGUAGCUGUGCUGCAGUUGUUCCUCUUGUUACUGGCUGAUGUCUGGAGUGCUUGUGGAAAUAUCUGCUUGUUCUCCCCUCUGGGUUAAACCUGAAUUUACAGGUUUCUGCUGCUGUCGAGUGUAUUCCUCUGCAGAUGUCCACUGAUGUUUUUUCAAGAGAACAGUAUUGCCUUUUUAUAAUAUUUAAUGUAUUGAUUUUUUUGUGUGUGUGUGUCGUUCCAGGCUUAUUACCUCAUUGUGACAUGUUAGGAGUUAGCAGCUAUUAAUUAUUGAUGGGUGUCAUUUUUGGCUCAUACAAAUCAAACUGCUUAAAACUGACUCAAGGAUUUUUUUAAUUUAUUUUUUUCCCUCAGUUUUAUCUGGAGUUAUGGUGCAUUAAUAACAACAACUAUAAUGUUAUUUUGGCAAUACUUACAUUUAUACAUAUUUGGCUCUGCAUCCCCUCACUUACAUAUCUUUAAUUCCUCAGCGUCACCAAUUUGCACCCUAAAGGCUCACACAAAGACUUGUAUUCAUUGUUAGUUGAUCAUUUGAUGCCACUUGGGGCACAAUAGGAGCCUGUUACUUAAAUUGGUUCUAUAGUUGGUGUAUAGCUUGUAUAGAUGACAAUUUUGCCUACCACUUUGUGGAUAUUGACAUUUGGCAAUAAGGUCCUAUUUAUUUCAGAUUCUGUAUGGCAUGUGUUCAGAUAAUGGGUUUUACUAUUGUACAGUGGUUAAGCCCAUUGUAUUAUGAUAUCAAAUUGUUUAAAUAAAGAUUGAUAUGA